UGAAAGUUAAAUAAAGGUUCUGCUCUGUGUGCGUUUGCUUCGUAGGGACUGCUUUCACAUUGAUAAAACCGCAGUAAACAUUCAUUUCGUUAAAUGUGAACCCAGAAAGAGAUGGACAAGCAGCAUAACCACAAUAACAGCUCUCAGAUGAGAGCGCUCCUCUGUCCGGACACACACCAAAACCCUUCAGAGGGGCAUGGAAAAGAGUCCAGCAGCAGUGACAGCACAAAUCAGGGCGCCUACUCAUCAUCUUCCCCAGGACCCUUCAGAGCAGAGAAUGUAAGUGGUGCACAAGCAGAGGGGCAUGACUCGGUGACGAAGGAGGGGAAGGAGGCGAAGGCGGGAGCUUCAUCUUGCUGUCAGCUGAACGAUCUGAAGCGACUUCCGCAGUGCCACAUGAAGCUAGGUCCCCUGAGAUUUGACGAGACACACACAGUUCUCAUAAAUGUGGAAUGUUUCAAUCAGACAAUGCAAAUUUGUCCUCAGAAAGGGAGAGAGUUGUGGCACAGCGACUUUGUGAAGAUGCCUUGUUCACAGAUAGCGUAUCAGAGCGGAUCAAGGCAGAUAUCGAGGUGGGAUGUGAUAUUCAACAAGCUGAAAUCUCUGGCCAGUAAGAAAGAAGUGAGGGUCAAAGAUGUAGAGGAAGCUAUCAUCAAAUAUAACCCUAAGUAUAAAGAUCAGUGGUCUUUUGAUGCCCUCUGCACAUUCAGUAAGAUGAUCCCAGAAACAGAAAACUACUUCAAGACACUGUUUCCAAAGAUCGCCGCAUUGGCCUUGAAACUCCCUGACUUGGUGAAAAAGGCCAUCCCACUGCUACGAAAGGGACGCAGUGCAACCAUCACUCUGUCUCAGUAUCAGAUAUCCUGCCUGCUUGCCAAUGCUUUUUUCUGCACCUUCCCUCACCGCAACACCUCCCGUCCCAAUGCAGAGUACUCUGGCUACCCCAGCAUCAACUUCAACAGUCUGUUUGAAAAGUGGUCAGCGAGGAAGAGAGAAAAGCUGAGGGCCAUCAUGCAUUAUUUUAAAGUGGUUACAGAUGAACACACUCAACCAGAAGGACUGGUGACAUUUGAGAGGCGCUGCCUCAGCAACACAGACACAUCCAAAUGGAAAAGCUGUAAGGAGACGCUGUCUAAACUUCAUGUCACAUCAGAAGGUCAAAUUGAGGCUGAUGGUAAAGGCAUGCUUCAGGUAGACUUUGCUUCCAGCUGGAUAGGUGGAGGUGUGCUGGGCUCUGGUCUGUUGCAGGAGGAAAUCCUGUUCCUCAUGAAUCCAGAACUGAUUGUAGCUCGCCUCUUCACAGAGAAACUUGAAGACAACGAGUGUUUGAUCAUUACAGGUUCACAGCAGUUCAGCUCUUACUCGGGUUUUGGAGACACCUUCGAGUGGGCAGGUCCUUAUCAGGACAAUUUUGAAAGAGAUGAAUGGGCUCGGCUUAAGAGACAGAUCCUGGCCAUUGACGCGCUGAAAUUCAGAGACAGAACGGAGCAGUACAACAGGAAACAUAUUUUCCGAGAACUGAACAAGGCAUACUGUGGAUUUAAAAGAUAUCAUGAGUAUGAAGAGCCAGAUAUCGCUACAGGCAAGUGGGGCUGUGGAGCUUUCAAUGGAGACCCGCAACUCAAAGCUGUGAUCCAGCUGAUGGCAGCAGCAAAGGCAAAGAGGGGCUUGGCCUUCUUCACCUUUAUGGAUAAACAUCUGGAGCAAAACCUAGAACAGAUCUACCACUUGAUGGUCACAGAAAAGGUUACAGUAGAGAAACUGUGCAAACUUCUGGAGGACUUCUGCUCUCAGCACCAUCGUUCACAUGUGGAUCUGUUUGAGUUCAUCGAUAAAAACAUCAGAGCCUCCAGCAGACCCUCCAAAAGUCUGCUGUAAAGAAGUCUGUUUCUCAAUGUGCACUAAAAUACUGAAGGAUUGAUUUUAUAAUAGAAGAAAAUAUGAAGCUUGUUAAUAAUUAUUUUGAUUUGCUUCAUUUAUCUGAUAGUUUACUAUGCAGUAGCAGCCACGAACAUAAUAAAUCUCCAAGUAGCAUGAUUUUGUUGUGUGCUUUGAGAGUGUGUAAUCUGUUAUAUUACUAAUACUUAAAAUCACAUUUGGGCUCAUUGCCAAACACCUGGAGGUGUAUUCAUAAACUAUUAUGAGGCUAAAAUACAAAGAUUGCAGAUAUAAUUUGCUUCACAGCAGCUUUUAUCAUCAGUGGAGGGAGACAGGAAACGGGGGAAGACAUGCAGGCAGGUUGGCGACGGGCCAGGACUCGAGCCCGUGCCGCCCGCACCGCAACGCGGCACAUGUGUGUGGUCGCUGGCUUCACCACUAAGCCACCUGGGUGCCCCAUUUUUUGUAUAAAUAGUUAAGACUUACUCUGCCCUUAUUUUUCUAAUAACUCAGCAAGUUAGGAUCAAUUUUUAGCCUGAAGGUGAUUUGUUAAUAAUGACUCCUGAUACUAAACUAUGGAUUUUUAUUUAAAACUGUCCAUUGUUCAGUUCUUGCAGAAGCAAAUCCCAGAGCGGACCUUGCUUCUGCUCAUGAACCUUCCUGCUCUGAGGGCACUGUAAUAAUUUAACUUAUAUUUGAGCUUUUAUGGCUAAAUAGUGCAGAUUUCUAUUUUAAUUACUUUCCUGUCUGUUUAAAGUAAACUGAGUGGCACAAUAUUUUAUUUAUACCAGAGCUGAUCUAGAAGAGCUGUUGUACUUCUUAUUAAUCCCACUAGAGAAACUGACUCCCAUUCAGCCUGGGGCGCUCACAUGAUUGUCCUCAAUUAAAAUGAGUGAAUAGUGUUAUACAGUUAAAACAAUUUAGAGCUUCUUCUUGACAAAACCCCCACAUAUUUACUGGUUUCACAAACACAGUAUUUAUAAUGUAUCCAUGAUGACAUGAAGCAGUCUUUCUUAGAGUGAAGCAGAUUUUGCCCAUAAAACACUAACAUUCCUAAUGUAUGCUGAUUGUCCAUGAAGGAUAUUUGAUAGUACACGAUCCCUUGAUAGCAUCCAUUCAUAACUGAUGGGUAGACAUAAGAAGCUAAACCAGAACAGAACCAUCCAGGUGUGCUGAUAGUGAUGAGUAAAAAAAUGACUGCUCUCAGGAGGCUGCUGUUUGCUUCAUGCAUUCCUAAAUGGCUUCUCUAACCUUUUUAGAGCAUGACUGGGAGUUCUUGAGUUUUUAGAGGAUCUUUGACAAUGACUAACAGACUUCUCUGCAGCUUCUUGAUGCAAAUACAUGUAUGAAAGUAUAAGGGCAUCUUUGUGUAAUAGGGGAAAGCAAAAACAGCACUAUUCAACAAUUUUUAUUUGCUGAGAACAAGGAAACAAUGUGAAAUAAGUACAAUUA